AAAAAAAUUCUCAUUCAAUUUUCCACUUUUCCCGGUAACCUAGGUUACACUACUGUGGUUGUUGUGAUAACAAUGCCUCCAAUCCUGGUGCCUCAGGUAAGAGUUGAUGCAGUAUGACCUCUCUAGACAAAAAAUACCAAAUCAGGGAUGUUGACUUGCCCAUAGAUUCUGUAUUUUUGUGUGUAAAAUGUUAGCAAAAAGCACUAAACUUAUCCAAUGCAUCUUUAUUACAAUGCAAAUAAGGCUAUGUGGCAUUAACAUAAACUGUGGUGUAAUUUCACUACAAUCCUGUGUUGGACUUGUGCUCCUGUAGUCACACACAUACAUAUACAUCUGUCUGUUUAUCCAUUCACACAGGACAGCCAUCAUUGGUAUGUGUUACCUUCCUCUACCUCCCUUUGUGUUACAUCCCCUCUCCUCUCCCGUUUCCUGUGUCCUGGCUGGUUGUCAUGACCACCGUUACCAAGGAGAGCGGAGGCUACAGAAGAAAGGAAACCUGAACCACAGAUCUUGAUGCCACGAUAUUUAAUUCAUCGGCACAACGGAACACCGAGGUUCAGUGUAACACAGAUGGAGCGAGAGCGGCCUCGGGCAGAAGGGAAAUUUCUGAAUAUGAAGACAAAGAGAUACUGUCACAACCUUCUGUUACAGAGAGGCUCUAAUUUUUUCCCUCCAUUAGCUGUUUACUCAACAAUAUAUUGAUAAGAACUAUUAUAAAUGACGUGAUACAGUCAUGCCAUUUCAGUCUGUUUAUGUUUCAGCUACAUUUUCUUUACAUUUAGUGGAAAUUAAUUCAUUAAGAUAAAACACAAAAAGCAAUGCUGGGUAAGGCUUCAGGAUUCUGGGUCAUAACAUAGUGGUGACUUUUUUUUUUUUUUUAAACCUAUAACCUGUGUAUUUCUCCUGUGUAUUUUCAGCAUGUCAGCCUCAUUGUGAGAGAUACUGUGACCCCACUUUGCAAAGCUGUUUCUCCCUUUCAUCGUCAUGUCAGACAAAAAAGGCAAAUGAGGCUAUUUUUUUGUGAAAGCUCCUUUAAAAUACACACAAGUUUGUGCUGUAUGGAGCAACACAAAGUGUGGAAUCCCCAUUGUAGAGGCCCCCUCGUGUUGUCUUUGUGUUAACUGAUCCACCUACAGACACUGCUCCAUCCACCUCUCCCUCCUUUUGUUGUCUCACCCUCUUUUGCCCUCUCCCUCCCUCCCUCCCUCUUGUGAGUGUUUUUUUUCCUGGGGUUCAGUCUAGCUUUCGCAGGUUUGACUGUCAGCAGCCGUACUGAAGAUGGGAGGCAGCAAACUGAGGCUCUAUUUACCCUUAAGUCUCACUAUGCUGCCCUGAUUUGUUAUUUAUGCUCUUGCUGGAACUGUGUUGACCCAUUUGGGCUGCGUAGAUACCAAAAGGAAACAGCUUUGGGGGGGAGGGUGAUGCAGAGCAGCAGCUGAAGUGGCCUUGUCAAGGUUUGGACCCCAGCGCGUUUUAUUGUCAACAAGGAGACACUUCAGCCGGUCUGAGCAGCAGUGUUGGAUGAUGAGCUCUGCUGGCUGUUUUCCUCUGGAAACCUGUGCUUUUUUCCAAGAUUAAAAAGCUUGUUUUCCUGCAAAGCUGGAAGGACCCUCUUUCGACUGACCCCUCUACAGCUGAUUGUCUAUCUCUCAGUGGAUAUUUCUUUCAUUUACUCUGUGAGGAGAAAACAUUGGAUUUCUGUUGACCAAGAGGAUAAAAAGCUACGGCGAAAUUUUACUCUGUGUAAUCGAGCAUCGCUAUUUUCAACCUUGCCGUGACAGGAUACACUCACAGCAGCAUCAGUGGCCUCGAAUCCAGGUGUCAGGUUCUAUCAGUCUGAUCCAUCUAGGUAAGGCUACACCGAACCAGGAGAGUGACACUGACAUCACUGCUGCUCAACAAUCUGCCUCCUGGGUUUGAACCACGGUUGAAGGCAGAGAACCACUUCCACACACAAACUACGGCCUGGCUGAGAUCCAUUUCAUCCACAAAGGCCUGGACUGUGAAGCCCGAUCGAUCCUGCUUCCGCAGGCCGCCACAGGUGGCUGCACAGCUAUCGACUACUCAAUAAUGCAUUGACUCAAACCCAGGAGUGAAUAGGAGGGGAAAGUGUGAGAGCCUCUGAUCCUCUGAAAAGGUGGAUGACUGUCGAGAGAAAGCGAACGAUUACAUCUGGAUAACCCAGCUGAAUUGAGGGCAUGUGGAAGUGAAAACAGUGAGCAGAUGUUGAAGAGAAAGAGAAAAAGAGAAGAAAAUGGCUGCUGACAAAGUGAAAUUGGGGCGAGGACCGUAGGAAGCUUGGCCAAGUCAGACGACAGAAAGACAAGUCAACCAAGACAUUGAACUUUGAAGACCAAAAGAAGGUUAAGAACAAAAACAGGAUCUCACCGUAGAGGCAACUGUAGUAGUAAGAGAAACUGGUAGUAGUCAGUUGAAGCUGUGAGUCUAAGAAGCUAUCAUCAUGGUGAACACUGGCAUGCAGCUGAUCAGCUUCACCUGCGCAGUGACCGGCUGGAUCAUGGCGAUCGCUGUCACGGCCUUGCCUCAGUGGAAGGUCUCUGCCUUCAUUGGUAGCAACAUCCUGACCUCAGAGAUCAAGUGGGAAGGCAUCUGGAUGAACUGCAUCUACCAGACCACUGGUCACAUGCAGUGCAAGACAUACGACUCCAUGCUGGCUUUGCCUCCGGACAUCCAGGCAGCCCGUGCCCUCAUGUGUUUGGCCAUCUUCAUGGGCUGGCUCUCCUGCACUGUGUCCUGCUGCGGCAUGAAGUGCACCACCUGCGCCGGUGACGAUCGCCGAGCCAAGGCCGGCAUCGCGCUCUCAGGCGGAGUUCUCUUCAUUCUCACGGGCCUGUGCGUUUUGGUUCCGGUUUCCUGGACUGCUAACACCGUCGUCCAGGAUUUCUACAACCCCAACGUGCCCUUGAUGCACAAAAGAGAGCUGGGCCAGGCGAUUUACCUGGGCUGGGCGGCUGCAGUUAUUCUUAUGAUCAGUGGAGCUGUGCUGAGCAGCACCUGCCCCCUCAUGGAGAGGGGCGGCAGAUACCGGAGGGGUUACAUAGGCCGGAGCUUUGCUAAUUCACCCGCUUCAGCGCCAGAUCCCCCAAAACCUAUCACAUCCAACAGUCUACCAUUGAAAGAGUAUGUAUAGGAAGAAGGAAUACCAGCAAGUGGAGAGAAGGGGAAGUUGAUGCUGUUAAAAACUUUGUAACUCUGGUUCUUUCCUAUAUUUACUGUCCCAGGUUUUAGGUCUGUGACUUUUAAGCUAUAAAUUGAGAUCUAUAUAUUUAUUAUAUAUAUAUUUUCAACCUAUAUUUUGCUUAGUUUGUGUAUCUCUUUGUAAAGUUAACUUGUCUUCAGUA